UGGGGAGACCAGCCGGGCCCAGAGGCAGCAGAGCCCCAGCAGCAGGAGCAGCGACAGCAGCCUCAUGGCAUGGAUGGGCAGCGUGGGGGCUGCCUCUCCGGGCACAGGCAGGGGUUUAAAUCCUCCUGGGGCAGAAGGUUUGUGCCUAUGACCUGGCCCAUGCCCCAGCACCUAACACGCUCCAUCUGAGCGUGAACCCUCCCAUCCCCUCCCUCCCUCAGGCAGCUGCUGCUGGACAAGCCUCGGGGGAGGCAGGAAGGUGCUGCUGCUUGGUGCUGGGCUCUAUGCAGCCUCAAGAGAGCUGCGCUGUGCUGCAAGACAAGAGCAGCCAGUGCAACUUCCCGCUGCAGCAGAUGGGUACGGGGCAGGCAGCAGCAAAGGGCAGGGGGAUCCCACUUAGGGCUGGCCUGGUGGAACUGUGGAGGAGGCUCCCCGGGCCAGGUGCUGUGGAGCAGCCCGUGGUGCCCUGGCAGCUCUCCGGGCAUUGUUCUGCCUCUGGGAACAAUCGCUGGUUCCUGAGGUACGUCCUGUGACCGGACACGGUCAAUAGCCCCACACUGCCAGCGGCCCCUCACCCCUGCAUCUCUUAGCCAGCCGCUGCCCAGCUGGGCCAACACCUGGAGACCAGGAAAAGUCCAGGGCCAUGGAGUCCUGAUGCUGGGGACAGGGGGUGGGGGACCUGCACGGGCACCAGGACCGCAGGGCUGGAGCAACCAGUCCCGUGUCCUUGCCGGAGGCAGAGUGGGUGCUCAAAUUCCCGUCUCACGGUGUUCAAGCUGCUUCUGCCCCUUCCGUGGGAUUGGCCACACUGGACACUGCAGUGUCGCAAGGACGGCACGGGAGCUGCCGGGGCUUUCCCUGACAGUCCCUUCCGGGAGCGCCUGUCCCCGGGAGAGGCGGGAGGGUUCACGCACUCUGCACGUGUGUGCGUGUGUGUGCGCACGUGGGAGCCAGGUGUGGACACGUGUGGGAGCCAGGUGUGGACACGUGUGUGUGCGUGUGCAGCCCAGCGAGCUCUGUGCGCUCCCGCUCUGCCCCCGGCACCGCUCCUGCCGUGCGCCCUGGCCUGGAACAUCAUCCCGGUGCCACGGCGCCGCCUCUGCCUCUGUCCCUGUCGGGUGCCGCAUUCCUGGGAGGUGCCGCAUUCCUGGGUGUUCCCUGGGUACCCCGGUCACGGCUUUCCCAGGUCUGGCUGGUGGCUCUCCCUUCACGGCUGCACCCUCUGCUUACCCUGCGGGUCCCUGCUGUCAGGGCAGGACAAGGGGGAACGACACAGGUCCUCCUCUGGGAGUGGUUUCCUGUCAUGUGAAACCUCAACAUCUACCUGGGGACAGCCCCCUCACUUCUCUGGGACCGUCCCUGCAUCCCCCCGGGCUGGCGUUGUCCCAGCCUGGCCAUGGUGUUACUGCCGGUGCACGGACAGGCGGGGCUGCUCGGGAAGACGCCACCAGUGAUCCCCCGGUGGCUGCGAUUCCCCUGGGAGACAGCAGGGAGAAUUCAGCCCCGGUGGGUUUUGGCGCUGUAGUCACCGAGGGUGGCCGCUAAGUCCCUGUGCAAGGGCAUCUUCCGCACUGCCCACCCUGACUCUGCACCCCCUCUGCCUCCGGCAGGUCCCUCGGGAUUUGCUGCCACCCCUGCUCAGGACCGGCCCCGUCACCGUGUCCAUGCCGGGGACACUGUCAGGACCUCGGGCUGGGGCCUCGGAGGAGAGGCAGGAAAAGCUGUGGUGGGGCGCGGGCGGGGGGUGACACCACCCUCCAAACCCCACCCUGACUCCGGCUUUCCUGGCCCCUCCCCACGGAGCUUCCCUCGCCCUCCGCUUCCCCCGUGGGACAGUAAUUAUGGCAGUAAUUAGGAAGACAAUUAUUCUUGCUGAAUGGGAACAUCUUAAUGUGUUUCUCCCUCCUUUUGGCAGGUUUCACCCCACGCCUGCCCACGGAUACCGGCGGGGCCCUCCCCUGGGAAGCUGAGGCGGCUGCGAGCCGUGUCCCAGCCCCAGGGACACCACCCAGGCACGGUGCCACCGCUGGACCCCCCUGCUGCCAGGGGCAGGGGCUGCCGGAGGGCACAGGACACGGCUCCGCACCGCUGUUCCGCGGGAGGGGGGCGGUGAAGGGGACGGCCCCAAACCGAGAGAGGGUGAUGAAGGAGACGGCAAAGGGACGGAGGAUGGGAAUGGGUGGGAGCAUCACCGUCCGCGGGACCUGCCUUCCACGGCCACAGUGGUAGGCAGCGAAGUGGUACCCACAGGCUCAGCCCUGUGUGUGGGCCCAUCCUGCCUGGUUUGCUCUCUGCCAGAUGUGAGGGAGCAUGGGAGAAAGCGAUGAAGGGGUAUAGCUCUGGCACAGCCUUUCCCCAGGACUUGUACCACAGGGAGCACAGGGAGAGCGCUGCUGCAGCGUGCCGUGUCCCAGCCCUUACCUGGCUGACAGCUGAGGCAGAGCUGGCAGCUUUCCAUGCCUGGGCAUGGCACUAUCAUAAUCCCCGGCAAUGGAGAGGCCAGUGCCAACCUUCCCAUGUCUGUCCUCAACACAGGCUUGUCCUCAGGAGGCUGCAGCAGUCACUGGUGCUGUCCCCAGCCCAGCCUGGGUAUGCUGCUGCCACCCAUCUGGGCUCCCCGAGGGCUGUGCCGGGACAGCUGUCCUGUCCUACCGGUCCCCCCAGCUCCAGGGCUGUGGCCAGGAUGCCACCAGGGAGAGCAGGCCCUGCCCGGGUGUGGCUCGCUACCUGCAUGGCAGGAAUUAGCUGGGUUUAGGCACCAGCCCUGCUCCCUCCGCCCCGCCUGCACACCUUAAAUCCCAGCCCACCACACCCGGGGCCAGACCCGGCCAUCCAGGCCACCAUGGAGCUGCCACCUGGCCGUCUUCUCCUCCUUGCUGCCCUGCUCCCCUUUGCGAGGCGCUCCAGCCCGGCCCCACACACAACUGGACAAGAGCUGGAGAUGGCAAAGCCUGGGUACUGCUACCACAUCUCAGAGGUGGAGGACCGGCUGCACAAGGGCUGUGGCUCCUGCCCCAUGGGUGCCUCCUGUUCACACUGCACCAGCGAUGCCGACUGCCAUGGAGUCACCAAGUGCUGUCCCAGCAAAUGUGGCUACACGUGCCAGGAGCCAGUGUUGGACUUCUGCUACCUGCCCUCAGUCUGUGGGAACUGCAAGGCGCUCUUCCGCCGCUUCUUCUUCAACGCCUCCAGCCAGCGGUGUGAGGAGUUCAUCUAUGGCGGCUGCGGCGGCAACAGGAACAACUUCGAGACCAUGGGCGAGUGCUUCCAGGCCUGUUCCCAUGUCAGUAACUAG